AUGCUUCAGCCUCCCGGUUUUGAGGAUUUUUCCUCCCCUCAUCAAGUGUGUAAACUCCACAAGUCCUUAUAUGGAUUGAAACAGGCACCCCGAGCGUGGUUUUCCACCUUUUCUCAAUACUUGGUGUCUCAAGGCUUUACUCAUGGCAAGAGUGACUCUUCUUUAUUCAUUCCAAGGACUGCCACCUCAGUCACUUAUUUGUUGGUAUACGUGGAUGACAUCUUGAUCACUGGUGAUAGUUCUUCCCACAUUCAAUCUCUCAUUACAAAGAUGCACAAUGUCUUCUCCAUGAAGGAAUUGGGUGAUAUUGCUUAUUUUCUUGGUAUUUCAGACCAACCUACUAGCUCCGGAUAUCUUCUAUCUCAGUCUAAAUAUGCCAAAGAAAUUCUUCUGAAAGCUGGUUUGUCAUCUUGUGAACCCCGUCCUUCACCUAUUGCUGUCAAGCCUAGUGUUCUGCCAAAUGCUUCUUUACCAUUUUCUGAUCCAGCUCUUUAUCGAAGUAUUGUUGGUGCUCUCCAAUAUCUCACCAUUACCAGACCAGACCUUUCUCUAUCUGUUAACCAAGCUUGUCAACAUAUGCAUGCCCCUACCAUUGAACAUUUUGCUGCAAUCAAGAGAAUUCUUAGAUAUGUUCAAGGGACCAUCACUCAUGGCUUGUUCUUUUCCUCAAGUACUUUUGAUGUUCAUGGGUAUUCUAAUUCCAAUUGGGCCGGUGAUGUUCAUGACAGAAAAUCAACGUCUGGUUACUGUGUCUUCUUGGGUUCCAAUUUGGUUUCUUGGUCUGCCAAAAAGCAGGUCACAGUGUCACGCUCAUCCACUGAGGCUGAAUAUCGAGCUUUAGCCAAUACUGCUGCUGAGUUAAGUUGGAUUUCCAUGCUGCUUACUGAAAUGGGUAUUACUUCUCCUACUACCCCUAUUCUCUGUGUCUCUCGGUUUCAAUAUCUCAAAUCCAAGCUCAUGGUUCUUGAUCGCCCCAUCAGCUUGCCGAGGAAUAUUGAAGAUCCUAAGCUAAAGCAGAAUAGCAGUUCAACUGCUUCAACUGAUUCUGUUACAACCAAUGCUGCAACUGAUUCUGUUAUAGCAGCUACACCAGCAAUUGAUUCUAUCAAUGCUGCAACUGAUUCUGUUAUAGCAGCUACACCAACAACAGAGUCUGUUAUAUCAGCUACUCUAAGAAGAUUCCCGAAGCCUCUACCAUCUCAGCUAUACAGUGGUCACUAUCACCCAGUUGUAACAACUUAG